AGCCCCUAACCCAACUGACGCUGGCAAGGCUGCUAACAGUGUCAUCUGCGCUUUAUCUCGCUGCUCCGGCUGCCCUAAGGCAAAGUUGCAUAGCUUUACAUCUUUCUUCCCCCUCCACCUCCCUCAGCCUCAGGAGCGUCCCGCCGCCCCGCAGCACUCUCCUGGAGCUGCGCCCUAGUGCCCCUGCUGGGCAGUGGCCUUUUCCCCUCAUCCUCCCGCGUCCUGCCCUUGCUGCUCCCGGCAGACGAGAUGCUGAAGAUGCUCUCCUUUAAGCUGCUACUGUUAGCCGUGGCUCUGGGCUUCUUUGAAGGAGACGCCAAGUUUGGGGAAAGGAGCGAAGGGAGCGGAGCGAGGAGGAGAAGGUGCCUGAACGGGAACCCCCCAAAGCGCCUGAAAAGGAGAGACAGGCGGAUGAUGUCCCAGUUGGAGCUGCUGAGUGGAGAGAUCCUGUGUGGUGGCUUCUACCCACGAGUAUCCUGCUGCCUGCAGAGUGACAGCCCUGGACUGGGGCGUCUGGAGAACAAGCUCUUCUCUGCCACCAACAACACAGAGUGUGGCAUGUUACUGGCAGAGAUCAAAUGCGCGCCUUGCUCUCCACAUUCCCGGAGUCUGUUCGGCUCACCUCAGAGAGAUGUCCUGGAUGGGGACCUAGAGCUUCCGCUCCUCUGCAAGGACUAUUGCAAGGAACUGUUUUAUACCUGUCGCGGCCAUAUUCCAGGCCUUCUCCAAACAACUGCUGAUGAGUUCUGUUUUUACUAUGCGAGAAAAGACGGUGGGCUGUGUUUUCCCGAUUUCCCGAGAAAGCAAGUCAGAGGACCAGCAUCUAACUACUUGGAUCAGAUGGAAGAUUAUGAGAAAGUGGAGGAGAUCAGCAGAAAACACAAACACAACUGCUUCUGUGUCCAAGAGGUUGCCAGUGGGCUGCGGCAGCCUGUGAGCGCUGUGCACAGCGGGGACGGCUCCCAUCGCCUCUUCAUUCUAGAAAAGGAAGGCUAUGUGAAGAUCCUAACCCCAGAGGGAGAAAUUUUCAAGGAGCCUUACUUGGACAUUCACAAACUUGUUCAAAGCGGAAUAAAGGGAGGAGAUGAAAGGGGCCUGCUGAGCCUUGCAUUCCAUCCCAAUUACAAGAAAAAUGGAAAGCUGUAUGUGUCUUAUACCACCAACCAAGAGCGGUGGGCCAUCGGGCCUCAUGACCACAUUCUUAGGGUGGUAGAAUAUACAGUGUCCAGGAAAAAUCCCCAUCAAGUUGAUGUGAGAACAGCCAGGGUGUUCCUGGAAGUUGCUGAGCUCCACCGAAAGCAUCUUGGAGGACAGCUUCUUUUUGGUCCCGAUGGCUUUCUGUACAUCAUCCUUGGGGAUGGCAUGAUCACACUGGAUGACAUGGAGGAAAUGGAUGGGUUAAGUGACUUCACAGGCUCUGUGCUGAGGCUGGACGUGGACACCGAUAUGUGCAGUGUGCCUUAUUCCAUACCGCGGAGUAACCCCCACUUCAACAGCACCAACCAACCCCCAGAAGUAUUUGCCCAUGGCCUCCAUGAUCCAGGCAGAUGUGCCGUGGAUCGACAUCCCACUGAUCUAAACAUCAAUUUAACAAUACUUUGCUCAGAUUCCAAUGGAAAAAACAGACCAUCAGCCAGAAUUCUACAGAUAGUUGAAGGAAAAGACUAUGAAAGUGAGCCAUCACUUUUAGAGUUCAAGCCAUUCAGUAACGGCCCUUUGGUGGGUGGAUUCAUUUACAGAGGCUGCCAGUCUGAACGGUUGUACGGAAGCUAUGUGUUUGGAGAUCGCAAUGGGAAUUUCCUAACCCUCCAGCAAAGUCCAGUGACCAAGCAAUGGCAAGAGAAGCCACUCUGUCUGGGCACCAGCGGUUCCUGUCGAGGAUACUUCUCGGGCCAUGUCUUGGGAUUUGGAGAGGAUGAAUUAGGAGAAGUUUACAUUUUGUCGAGCAGUAAGAGCAUGACUCAGACUCACAGUGGAAAACUCUACAAGAUUGUGGACCCAAAAAGGCCUUUAAUGCCUGAGGAAUGCAGGGUUCCAGUUCAACCUGCACAGACCCUGACCUCGGAGUGCUCCCGGCUCUGUCGGAAUGGCUACUACACCCCCACAGGCAAAUGCUGCUGCAGUCCCGGCUGGGAAGGACACUUCUGCAGAAUUGCCAAAUGUGAGCCACCGUGCCGUCACGGAGGUGUCUGUGUCAGACCGAACAAGUGCCUCUGUAAAAAAGGCUACCUCGGUCCUCAGUGUGAACAAGUGGACCGAAGCAUGCGCAGAGUGACCAGGGCAGGUAUUCUUGACCAGAUCAUUGACAUGACGUCUUAUUUGCUGGAUCUCACAAGUUACAUUGUAUAGUGUCCGGGACCGUUUGAAUAUUUCCUUCCGGUGGGCAUUUAUUUUGAUCUUUAUCAUUAAAGAGAGAGACUGUCCUCCUGCUACACACUCCUGUGAUUUCAUUUUCUUUUAGUAAUUUAAAAAGCAGUUUCCAGAAACGUGCAGAUCUCAGUGCGUAUGUGGGCAUGUUUUUUCACAUGCACAUACGUGUCCACACCUGCACUCACAGCCCCUAAUCUCGAGGUUGUAU